UGGACGAUAGUAGCUGGCUUAUAAAGAAAACUCAAUAAUGUACGCGAAUUUCUAAUAAUUGUACUAUCGAGGAAGAAUAAAUCAGUUGAAAUACAUUACCUUAAUGUGAUUAAGAAAUAAAUAUGGCUUUAUAUUUCAAAAUGUAUGGUGUGGUGUGUUCCGUCUUAUUAUCUCUAUUAUUAAGUCAAAAUGUGGAUGCAGCGGCGGUCAUAUCUAUUGAUUUUGGAUCGGAAUGGAUGAAGAUCGGAAUUGUUUCGCCGGGAGUACCUAUGGAAAUAGUGCUCAAUAAAGAAUCAAAGCGGAAAACGCCAGCUGUUGUUGCGUUUAGAGAUGGUGUAAGAACAUUCGGUGAAGAUGCGGUAACCGUUGGAGUACGAUUCCCGAAGAAUUCGUAUAAAUAUUUGCUCGAUCUAUUGGGCAAACCAUUUGAUCACCCAUUAGUGAAAGCCUACAGAGAGCGCUUCCCAUACUAUGAGAUGGUGGCUUCAGAACGAGGCACACCAGAGUUCAUUCAUGACGAGAACACAAGAUUUACACCUGAAGAGCUGGUAGCUCAGUUACUUGGCAAAGCUAAGGAGUUCGCUGAAAUUAGCCAUGGACAACCAAUUACCGAGUGUGUUAUAACAAUACCUGGUUACUUCAACCAAGCGGAACGCAGGGCUAUGAAGGAAGCCGCCACAUUGGCUGGCUUGAAUGUGCUGCAAUUGAUCAAUGAUUACACAGCUAUCGCUAUUAACUAUGGAAUAUUCCGGAGAAAGGAAAUUAAUGAAACAGCAUGGCACACACUGUUCUUCGACAUGGGAGCGGCGUCAACCAAGGCAGCUCUGGUUGAGUACAAAACGGUGAAGACAAAGGAGAAGGGCUAUGUUGAAACUGUGCCGCAGUUGCAAGUUAUCGGCGUUGGUUUUGAUAGAACUCUAGGUGGUUUGGAAAUGACGUUACGUCUUCGUGAACACCUCAUCAAGUCUUGGGAGGCCAACGGUGGUGGUGAUGUUAGGGCUUCGCCCCGCGCCAUGGAGAAGCUGAUGCGCGAAGCAGAGCGUUUGAAGAUUGUGCUCUCGGCUAAUUCUGAACACUAUGCACAGAUUGAAAGUCUAUUGGACGAUAAGGACUUCAAGUUAUUGGUGACCCGCGCAGACCUAGAAGCCCUAUGCACAGAUCUAUGGGACAGAGUAUCUAACGUGAUCCAACGAGCCAUCUCCUCAGCAGGAGGUUCAGGAGCUGGUGCCAAAGUGAUUGUGGCCGGUGGAGCGUCCAGAGUACCCGCAGUACUAGAGGCUUUACGCAAGGCAGCUGGUGUGGAACCACACAAGUCUAUUAAUGCUGAUGAAGCCGCUACCAUGGGUGCUGUCUAUAGGGCUGCAUCUCUCGCUACGGGUUACAAGGUCGCUGCUCUGAAUGUACGCGAUGCCGUAUUGCUGCCUGUGCAAGUUGUCUUCACCAGGAAUGUUGAUGGAAAUGAUAAAUUGAUCAGAAGAACACUUUUCGGCCCAAUGAAUCCCUAUCCCCAAAAGAAAGUUAUCACCUUCAACAAACAUACAGACGACUUCAGUUUCAAUGUAAACUACGCAGAAUUAGACCACAUUCCUUCCAAUGAACUCAAUUUGAUUGGUCCAUUGAAUCUUUCACAAGUCGUCCUGAGUGGAGUCAACGAAGCAUUGAACAAAAACACAGGAGAAAAUGUUGAGAGUAAAGGCAUUAAAGCACACUUUAAUAUGGACGACUCUGGUUUAUUGAAUCUAGUGAAUGUUGAAUUCGUAGCUGAGAAAACAGUUACAGAAGAUGAAGACAAAGAUAGCACGCUCUCAAAGAUCGGAAGCACUAUUAGCAAACUUUUCGGUUCAGACUCAGAACUUCCCGACAAACCAGACCUUAAACCCGAGGAACAACCGCAAGAAGCAGAGAAGAAUGAAACAACAAAGGCCAAUGAAACUAAAACCGAAAAACAAAAUGCCACCGAACCAGAGACAAAGCCCAAACCAAAAAUAGUCGUCUUGAAAGAACCCAUCAAGUCUGAGGAGCAAAUACUUAACUUGCUACCAUUGACUCCAGAACAAUUCAAAACUUCUAAGACUAAGAUUAUUGAAUUACACAACAUUGAUAGGAAGCGCAUUGAAAGAGAAACGGCACUAAAUAACUUGGAAGCGUUUGUGGUUGAUGCACAAAUGAAAGUAGAUAUGGAGGAAUACGCUGAAUGCGGUACUCCAGAACAAAUUGAAGAAAUCAAAAAGAUGUGCAGCGAAGUUUCUGAGUGGCUGUACGAUGAUGGUUACGAUGCACAAACUGAAAUGUUCGAAGAGAAACUCAACAAUAUCAAGGAAAAGACCAAUUCGAUAUUCUACAAACACUGGGAGCAUAAAGAAAGGCCUGACGCGGUCGCAGCUAUACGUAGCAUGCUUAACAAUUCCCAAGAAUUCUUGAAAAUGGCAAAGAAUUACACUAAAGAAGCUAAUGUCGAUAGAGAUGUGUUUACCCAAGUAGAAAUUACAGUUUUGGAAAAGAAAAUUGAAGAAACCGAAGCAUGGUUGGGCAAAUCUAUCAAGGAACAAGACGCGCUCAAGAAGAAUGAAGAUAUUAAACUGACAGUUGAAAGCAUAAGGGAGAAGAUAACGAAUUUAGACCGCGAAGUCAAAUAUUUGCUCAACAAAUUGAAGAUUUGGCGGCCAAAGAAGGUCAAGAAGGAAGAAAAUAAGACAGAAACUGUGACAGAGUCAGAGAAUUCUGAGAAAACGGAGACACAGAAAGAAAAACCGGCAGAUUCUGAAGCAGAAUCGGUUGCACAAGAACCAGAAAAAUCCACUGAAAAAGAGGCCGAGACAACGGAAAUACCGCAAUUAGAUAGUAAUAGUGAACAUUCCGAGUUAUAAUGUUGAGGAGUAAUUUAAUUUAUUUAGUAUAAUUUAUUUUCUACGUGAUAGGGCGUUCGUUUUUUGUAUCGUAGUCGAAGCACAAGGGUUUUUCUACGUUGAUUUUGUCAUUGUUGAUGUGCUAUUUGUUAUAACAUGUUGUUAUAUAGAAAACAGAUGAAGAAGUCAUCCUAGUAAUUGUUUUUGGCGACAAUCAGUCUAUAGGUUUAAUAUAUUUACCAUUUUCAAGAAUUUCAAUACUUAGAUUUUAUUUGUAUAUAUUUUUGGUCAUAACGUGUUGGUUUAUCGGUAUUCUUUUAAGUACUAAUAGAGUACAAAAAACGAACACGCCCAAUGUAACCCAGGCUUAAUCUCAACUGCAGUUUCACUUAUUUAUUUAUCCAUUUCUAUACCAAAAUUGUUGCACAUUCGGACUGAAUUUAAUAGAUUAUUUGCGUCUUGUAUUUUGGAUCUUUUUAUGGUUGUUGAAAAUGAGGAAUUACAUGACCCCAAGGAAUUUUUCAUUAUUGUAUGUUAAAAUGUGGAUUGAACUGAUUGUCUAUUUAUCUAUGUGGCCGUAUAUAAUCUUUCUUUAAUAACUAUAGUUAUUAAAGAGAAUUUCCUUAAAUUCUCGUAAAUGAUUCUGGAUAGAAUUAAAUGACGUGAUAGGUACAACGGUCUGUGAAUGUUCAGUGUAUUAUGUAAGUGAGAUUUAUCAAGUACCCAGUCGCAAAGAAAUUAUAAAUAAAUUAUUGGAAAUUA